AAAAAAAUUGACCAGUUUCAUAUCAAUAAACAUUUCUAAAUACUAUCACAUCUUCAAUUGGGGAAAAACAAAAUGCUCUCUCGAGCUUAUCAGUACUGCAAUAUGAUCAUGCUCUAUCUUGCUCUCGCGGCAUCUCUUAAUGUGCUCGAAGCUGGAGGAGCAACUCACAUCGUUGGCGGCAGUGAUGGCUGGGAUUCCUUCUCAAAUUCCCUCAACUGGAGUCGGGAAAAAGAAUUUCAUGUUGGUGAUGUUCUUGUAUUCAACUACAAGAACGACGCACACAAUGUAAUGCAGGUGAACUCAACUGCCUACAGGAAAUGCAUAAAAAACCCAUAUACAAGAUUGUUCAAUAGUGGCCAUGACUCCCUGGUUUUAUCAGAGGUUGGCAAAUUCUGGUACAUCUGUGCAGUGGCUGAUCACUGUGAAAAUGGGCAGAAGCUGGCCAUCAAGGUGGUACUUUAGGUAACAAGGAAAAUGGUGCCAGCUUUUAAGUCUCGGAAUAAAACAAUAUGAUAUCUUUAUAACAUGAAAGUAGAAUAAUAAAGACAAAGGUGAAGUUUCAUCUUUCGCCACAAAAAACUCCUCAUGUGUGAAGGAAUUAGAGACAAAAAACUCUAAAUCAUCUAUGUAUAUAUUAAAUAAAUAAGUAGAAUUGCUAUA